UCACCACACUUUAAUAUGAAUGAACACAAACAGCGGCUGCGCAGCCUACGUGUACGCGAACUUCUACUUUCACUUUCUUUUUAAAAUCUGUUCACUUGACCUUGAGACAGCCAAUCGACAUUAAAUGUUAGCGUGAUAAUCAAGAUGGCGGCCUCCAUUUGGGAAACGUUCCUGGCAAAUGUCGCUGGCAAAUGGUCUUUUGGAAGAAAGGUCGAAUGCGAGUCGAGCAAGAAAAAUGAGGUUGUGAAAAGGGCAGAGCCAGAAAAAUUGCGAUCCAUAUUUCUAAAGUACGCAAGCGUUACAGAGGGCUCUGAGAAGUACAUGACCUACUCUGACUUCAUCCUGCGCUAUCUGGGUCUGCUGGAUGGACAGACAUUCAACGAGUACACCCUAGAGUUGUUCGGCAACAGCAUAGACGCCAGUCGUGACAAGAAAAUCUCGUAUACAGAGUUCCAGGCGUUUGAGCACAUGCUGUCCCAACCAGAUGCCAUGUACCGGGUCGCCUUUGCGAUAUACGACAUCAACAGCAGCGGCUAUAUAAAUUAUCAUGAGUUUGUGGAUAUUGUCAAGCAUACCACUCUCCAUCAGCGAAUUCCGUUUAACUUUGAAUGCGAGUUUAUGCAGCUUCAUUUUGGCAAGGAUAAAUCCAGGCGCAUAUCUUACGCUGAAUUCACACAGCUUGUACAUGAUUUCAAUGAGGAGCAUGCCCUUCAAGCCUUCCAAAAGUUUGACACAGACAGCAACGGCUACAUCAACGCCAAGGACUUUGAGGAGAUCAUGACGUCACUGAAGAGUUACCUCCUCACGGACUUCGUGAAGGAGAAUUUAGUAUCCAUAGCAGUGGGAGACUUCCACAAGAAGAUAAGCUAUGCAUUCUUCAAUGCUUUCAUCUCUCUCCUCAACAAUAUGGAGCUUGUCAAGAAGAUUUACCUUGCUGCAACCACCAGGGACAAGGGAGGGGCUUGUUCAAAGGAGGAGUUGUUGUACCAGUCCCAGGAGUUCCCACAGAUCACACCCAUGGAGAUUGACAUCCUCUUUCAGUUGGUGCAGCUCAGACACCAAACCAUAAAGAAAGACCAAUAUAUUGGGCGUCUCACUUACCAGGACUUGGAAGAUCUGUCUCCCAUGGAAGGAAGGGAGACUCCGUUCUCUAUUCAAAUGCAAAUUGCUGAGGAGGACCUACGGCUGGAGCAGGGUGCCGAGAGGACGGUCAUGCUACAGGUGGGGGAGAGUGCUUACCGGUUUGGUCUGGGGGCGCUGGCCGGUGCUACUGGAGCCACUGCAGUGUACCCCAUCGACCUGGUAAAGACGCGUCUACAGAACCAGCGUUCAGGUGGCCUUGUGGGUGAGCUCAUGUACAAGAACAGCACCGACUGCUUCAAGAAGGUCAUACGUCAUGAGGGGUUUAGGGGUCUGUAUCGUGGUCUGGCCCCUCAGCUAGUUGGGGUCGCACCUGAGAAGGCCAUAAAACUCACGAUGAAUGAUUUGAUGCGAGACAAGCUGUGCAACCCAGACGGCAGCCUUGAAUUGUGGGCCGAGUGUGUGGCGGGAGGCAUUGCAGGAGCGUCCCAGGUGAUGUUCACCAACCCUCUGGAGAUUGUGAAGAUUCGGCUGCAGGUGGCGGGGGAAAUUGUGGGCCGUGGUACCAAGGUCAGCGCCAUCAGUGUCAUCAAGGAGCUUGGCUUCCUAGGACUGUACAAGGGUUCACGGGCCUGUUUCCUGAGAGAUAUUCCCUUCUCAGCCAUCUACUUCCCAGCCUACGCACACUUCAAGAAGUACUACGCCGACGAGAACGGCUACAACAGCCCAGGCUCACUGUUCUGUGCUGCGGUCUGUGCAGGUGCCCCGGCCGCUGCCAUACCCACCCCAGCAGACGUGAUCAAGACCCGCCUCCAGGUCGCGGCGCGCAAGGGACAGACGACGUACAACGGGGUCAUAGACUGCGCGCGCAAGAUCUACAGAGAGGAGGGCUUCUAUGCAUUCUGGAAGGGAGCCCCAGCACGAGUGUUCCGUUCUGCCCCUCAGUUUGGUGUAACGUUGCUUACGUAUGAACUGCUUCAACGAACUUUCUACUACGACUUUGGUGGAAGACGACCCGAGGGCUCGGCAGCUAAACCCACACAUCUGCAAGAACAGUUGUCCCGCAAUCCGGACCAUAUAGGUGGCUUCCGCAUGGCUCUAGCCACCUUUGACGGAAUGGAGAGCAAGUUAGGACUGUGUCUACCCAAGUUCCGCAACCCUAUAUCUGAGGCUUCAACUUAGUGGGAUGUAGCAGUCAUUAUGGUUGAAAUUAGCCCCUUUGUUUUGGAUUCAGAAAACAUUGAAUAGAAACAGUGAUAUAUUUUUUUAACUUUUUUUUCUAUGGAAGAUUUACUUAGCUACCCUGGAAGGUAUUUAGUUGAAAUAUUUUUGCUCACUUCACAUUUUGUUACUUGAUUUUUGGUGCGCUUUUGUAGGAUCAUUAUGAGGCUUAAAUUCAGCUCUUUUCCCCUUUUAAGUGGAAUUUCUAACAACAAUCUCAACAAUUUAUCAUCAAAUGAUUUGAUACAACUUACUUUUAAUUGCAGCAAAACAAUCAAUAAGUCUUCUAAACAAAUUAAGAAUAUUAACAUGUAAUAUGUUUAUUUAUAUGAAAGCGUAAUGGUAUACAACAUAGUCCCAUUGGGUCUUAGAACUGUCUCAGUUGGUCAGUUCAGUUGAAUAACUUGAUUGCGUCUAAUUUAAGCAAAUCCAAUGGAACACUGCAUGGUGGGUAUUUGCUGAUGUUUUAUUUGGUGUUACAGGGUGUUGUGUAAUCUAUACAUAUAUUGUUACUGGUUCGAUUGAACACGUUGAAGAACUGUAUUAUGACCGAUUACCAUGUUUCAAAUGGAACUGAACCAUACAGAGUAAAAUAGUUGUAUUGAUUCUAUGGUUUGUCAUGCAAAUGAAAGGCUGUUUUUAAAAGAUAUAAGUAAGCUUAGAUAUAAACAAGUGUGCUUUAACUAUGUGAUUAAACUCUUUGUUUUGGUUUUGUUUUUCAUCAGUUUUUAUCCUUUAUCCUUACUUCUUAUCAAUCUUAAUUUUAAAAUGGAUUAUACCUGUAAUAUCUCUGUAGUUUAUUUGGCAUAGAAUAGUGUUUUAUGGUUAAAUCUCAGUUGGAAACACUUUGUGCUUACAUUAAUAGGUAUUGACUGGGCCACUUAACAGUAUAAAAUAAUUAUGUUAUUUUUUUUAGUUGUUAGUUAAUUAGUUUUAGUAAUGUGUAAUGUGUGGACUAAUUAAUAACAAUGUCACAACGUAUUACUAAUGUUUUUUUAUUUAUUUAAUGAUGUCAAUGUAUUCAAUUUAGCUCUUUAAAAAUGACCAACUAUAUUUUUAUGCAAUAUUUCAUGAACACCUUUGACUGUUCAUAUGGUAUUUGCGAUAGUAAAUAGACUGAAAAGAAAAUUUACUCGAAUGAUAUUAUAUAAAUGGGCAAAUCUCAGAUUUUGAUGGGUAAUGAUACUUUGAAAUAGGUGGCAUUAUUAUAGAAGUAUGAAACAGAUAUAUAGAAAGUUUACUUGUAGCAUUGUAACUUUCGGCUUGAGAAAAUGACAGGCACGUUUUUCUGUUGUAUAUUGCUUCUGACCAUGAAACGAUAUUUGAAAUAAGCCGUGCUCUGUGAAAAUGGGGUUUAAUGCAUGUGUGUAAAGUGUUGUCACAGAUUAGCCUGUGCAGUCAGCACAGGCUCUUCAGCGACGACACUUUCUGCCUAAACUUGAUUUUUGCAACGAAGAGACUUGCUUUAAAGGAAAAAUAACCUAAAAGCGGAAAGUAUCGUGAGAGAUGCAGAGGUGCAGACUGCACUGGCUUAUCUGGGAUGACACUUUACGCACAUGCAUGAAUCCCUUUUUCACAGAGCACGGACCACAUGUAAUUUUUGAGUUGUUAUUGUUGUUAAGUUUUGUUUUCUUUUCACCAAUGUUUGAUUCACUGAUUUCACCGUCUGUUUACCUAGACUGCAUAGUUCUCUUAACUAUAUCAGUCGGGUCGAUGGAUUAUCUUCCUUUCAAAUAUUAGUUGAACAUAGUUAUGUUUGCAGUAUAAUUUAAUUGCACUUGCAUUGAAUUCUACAUAUGGAUUUAUAUACAUGUUCUUUAUGAUUGUUCUUUUUGUUUUUUUCGGAUUUCGUGAGAGUUUUAAAGAUGUGCAUACUUGAAACUUAACAAUUUCAUAUUGCUUUAACUUACUGAGUUUUCACUGUUACAGAUCUGAAUAAACUGCAUUGUUCUUUUUUAUGCCCCCAUAUCGAUAGAUAGGGGGUAUAUUGUUUUUGUCCUGUCUUACUGUCAUUCUGUCCAAAACUUUUACCUUGGUUUGAUAACUUUUGCAAUAUUGAACAUAGCAACUUGAUAUUUACCAUGCAUGUGUAUCUUAUGGAGCUGCUCAUUUUGAGCGGUGAAAAGUCAAGGUCAAGGUCAUGCUUUAAGGUCAAAGGUCAAAUAUCAUUGUAUUUUUAUGUCCCCCACCACUAUAGUAGGGGACAUAUUGUUUUUGCCCUGUCUGUUGGUCUGUACGUUGGUCUGUUGGUUUGGUCAAACUUUAACAUUUGCCAUAACUUUUGCAAUAUUGAAGAUAGCAACUUCAUAUUUGGAAUGCAUGUGUAUCUCAUGGAGCUGCACAUUUUGAGUGGUGGAAGGUCAAGGUCAAAGUCAUCCUUCAAGGUCAAAAAAUAAAUAAAAAAUCACAACUUUUUUUAAUAUUGAACACAUCAACUUCAUAUUUGGCAUGCAUGUGUAUUUCAUGGAGCUGCUCAUUUUGAGUGGUGAAAGGUCAUUGUCAUCCUUCAAGGUAAAAAAAAAAUAAAAAUCAUUCCUCCAUUCAAUCUCUUCCUUACUUGUUGAGCUGCACAUUUUGAGUGGUGAACGGUCAAGGUCAACCUUUAAGGUCAAAUGUAUUUCUUCAAAGCGGCGCAGAAGGGGGCAUUGUGUUUCUGACAAACACAUCUCUUGUUGCCUUUUCUCUUCCAAUUUGUAAAUUGUUGCUAACAAAAUCACAUGAUGCCUCAUUUCAGUUAGAUUACACUUCCUAUCAAUAGCACUGAAUGAUUGCAAAUAUUUGUGUAUGUUUUCUACAUGUUGUUAUGUAUUAAGGUGCUGUUUAUCUUUUCCUUAAGGUUUUGAUUCUAUUGUUACUAGUGUGUUUUAUUUAGCUGUGCUGUGCCAGACAUGAAACCCUUGCACAAUUUAUGAAAUACACUUCAAGAAUGCAGCUUAGAGCUUUAGUGAUCUAAAAGGAAGAAAAUAGCGUGAAUAAGAUAUGAAGUUUGAAAUGGAACAUAUAUGAAGAAAGCAUAUUUGUUUGCUAUUGUAUUAUAAGUUGCAUGGUUAUAUUUUAAUUGCAGCUUCAAAUUAGUGAAUGUAUGCCAUUAAUUAUAUGAUAAUAGUAUAAAUUAUUGAUCAUGUGAACUCUGUGAAUGUGUGAUUGGCCUUGUUUUGUUAUAAACACCUCAAUGUCCCUGUUAUAUAGUUAAAGGUUGGUUAUAAUAUAAUUUUCGAUAAUGGAAGACUUUUUUCUCUUUGUACUUUUUGUCCACUGUAUUGAAUACUUAGUUUGGGUCAUUCCAAUUUGCAAGUAUAUGAGCCCCAAUCUGGGAAAACUGGGCUUAAUGCAUAAUGCGUUGUUCUAGAUUAGCCUGUGCAGUCGGCACAGGCUAAUAAUGUACAAAACUUUCCGCCUAGACUGGAUUUUUGUUUAGAAAAAUGCUUCCUUUUAUUGAAAAUUAACAUAAAGGUGGAAAGUGUUGUCCCUGAUGAGCCUUUUUGGUUUAAGCCUGGUUUUCCAGAGACAGGGGCGUAUGUAUGGUGAUAUACUUAGCAGAACAUGUAAAGGAAUACAUUGUCAUUUUAUAUUAUUAAUCGAGAAUACGCAUACAAAAUUGUGUAUGCAUAAAUCACAAUUAUAUCUUAAAAGAUUUUUGAAAAUUAUGAUGAUGCAUUCAAAUUUGAAUGCAAAGAAUAAAUAAAUAACAUUUCUUAAAAUCAAUCUGAGAUACAUUUUUCAGUGAAAAAUAAUUCUUCUCAAGCUAUGUUCUCAUAAGCCAUUUUAGAUAUUUUUUUAAGACACUCCUGUGAAAAUUGUUACUACAUCACUCUUUAGUCUCAAAGCCUUUCGAACAGUUAUGGUUACGUGAUUAUAUUUGAGACAUGUGAAAAUUGGGCAAAAUGCAUGUGCGUAAAGUGUUGUCCCAGAUUAGCCUGUGCAGUCCGGACAGGCUAAUCAGGGACGACACUUUCCGCUUUAAUGGUAUUUUUCGUUUAAAGGAAGUCCCUUUUUACCGAAAAUCUAGUUUAAGCGGAAAGUGUUGUCCCUGAUUAGCCUGUGCGGACUGCACAGGCUAAUCUGGGACGACACUUUACGCACAUGCAUUAUGCCUUGUUUUCUCAGAACACGACACAUAUUUGAGAUAUGUGAUAUGAUUUCAAAUAGUAUUAGCCUCAUCCUGGGCAAACCAGACUGUAUGCAUGUAAGUAAAGUGACGUCCCAGAUCUUUGAAAGGAAGAUACACGUACUUCCAUAAAAGCAGAAAAGGUCGCCCCUAAUUAGCCUUUGGGUAGUUUCGAAUGCUUUUGGCAAGUACAAGGUUGUAUUCUGUAGACAUCAAUGCAGCAUCUUUGAUUGGCAGCCAUUCUUCUUGUUUCUUUCUUGCCCCUUAAGACCCCCUUCUUAAUGAGAUAUAUUGUAACAUUCAUUUGUUGCCAGUUACUUUUAGUUUGUGUUUGUUCUACCUACUUGCGAAGUUUUGGUGAGUUUUUCAUAUCAAGAAUUUGUCUGUGUGAUUUCUGCGUUACAAAUCAUAGUACAUGUCAUUAGAUCAAGUGACAGAUACAAAAAUUCCUACAGAUUAAGCUUAAAGCAUGUACAUCUUAGCAAUUGCUGAACAAUCACAAAAGCUUUUGUAGCUAUUUGUCUCCUUUAAAUGCAAUGCCCAAGAUUAUCCCCUUUUUCGGUUUUGGAAAUUAUAGCAUCCACUUUGAAUACAUGAUAUAACAUCAUUGACAAAAUUCAAUAUGUGGCGUCUCAUCUGGAUCCAAACUGUCAUGUAUUGUACAUUUAUAUUAAUGAAUUUCCUGUAUAUUUAUACAGUGAGCGUUUAGAUAUGUACUGCUAUUUUCUAAUUGAAGGUUUUAAAAAUAUGUUUAUAUCUCUUCACUAUGUUAACAAUUUAACAGUGGCAGCAUAUCACAUUUUCUGUUGUGGAAUUUCUUUUUUGAUUGCCUCUUUUCUAAAUGGGUGAGUGCUUCCUGUACAUAUAUCACCAAUUAUGUCUGCAACUAAAAUUAAAGAAUUAAAUUAAAACAACGAG